GUGCGUGAGUAUGGAAGAGUGUAUGUUACCUGUAUAGGUAGAUACAGGUUGUUACCUGUAUAGGUAUAUACAGGUGUAAGUAAUAAGGCUUUUGGGUCAAACCAUUAUGUUGGUCACAUGAUUGUCAACAUGGGUUUUAUUGGUUAUGAUAAGAUAGUACAUAUGUUUUUAUUGGUUUAUAUUUUCCCUCCACUUUUAUUGUUUGUGUCUAAGUCUUUGUGUUGAAUCUGGCAGUUUUUCUGCUGGAAGUUCAAGAAGAAGGUACCGGUUCUACCUGUACAUCCGUCCGGCAUUUCAAAAGUUAUGGCGAUAGAUUUCCGACGUGGUUUUGGAAGAUAAAUUCAGUGAUCUACUCCUGACCCUGGGUCAACUUGUUUAGAUCUAAUCAGAAGAUUAGAUUGCCAGAGAAAGUUCAGCCCAUAGCAGAACUUGAAUUGAAUCUGGAAUUCGGAUACUGAACCGAAAUGGAUUGAAUAAAUAAUGAGAACAACCUUUUGGAGUUGUCCUAUUUUCUCAUCCACCUGGGACCUAACCCACCCCAGUUACAUUGGCGCCCACGUAGGGACCCAGGAUUUCAGGACUGGACACUGAAACUGAAGGAGGCUGUUCAUGUGUGAUCACCAUAUGUAGCAGAGAGGUAUACAGACACAUAAGUGGACACGUAUACAUUGGGACUUUCCCUUGGAUUAGUAUACAUGUGUGGAUUAGUAUAUAUGUGUGUGUACAUGUCAAGACUUUCCCUUGGAUUAGUAUACAUAUGUGGAUUAGUAUACAUGUGUGUACACGUCAUCAAGACUUCCCCUUGGAUUAGCACACACGUGUGUAUACGUCAUCAAGACUUUCCCUUGGACUAGUAUACAUGUGUGUACACGUCAUCACGACUCUUUCUAGAAUUAUUAUACAUUUGUUUGUAUACAUGGAGACUUUUCCCUGGAUUAUCAUACAUGUGUGUACAUGAAGACAUCAAGCCAUGAAGUGAUGGUGAGACUUUUAAAGCAGUGAUGAGAUUUUGUUCCUGGGAUCUGGCAUCAACUGUGAAGUGAGCUCAAUUCAAGAACUUUUUGGUAUCUAUAACUUUCCAUAGUAUGGUUGUAUUCAAGUAAGGACAUUGUAUGGCCUUUUGAUUACUUAUCAGGUACUAUUUUGUUUAAUCAUAUCACUCAUAAGUUUGUUUGUCUUGUUUAUCAGAGAGAUGGUACCAAUACAUGUGUAUUCCAUAUAGAUUUGUAUUUAUGAUACAGGAGUAUGUUCUAACCCAAUUCAUUCUAUACUCUAUUUCAUCGCUAUCUCCUCAUGGUAUUUGAUAGUCGCCAUAGUAGGGUAGUGGAUACAGGUCUCUAUCAGUUGAUGGUGGUUCAUGGGUGGUGCGAGGUUUUGCGUGUAGGGAUGCUAGUAUUUGUGAUGCAUGUACAUGUCUUCCCAUCCAAUCACCACACAUGCACAUGUUAAUCAUUGUUUCAUCGCUGUUAUUACAUGUAUAUGUCACUUGUAACCAUUUUGAUUGCAGGAGUCUCACCUCAUAUUCUAGUUGUGUUACAGGUACUGGUGAAUUAGUUACAUAUCUAUACAAUAGCCAUUGUUAUUCAUUUUCAGGGGGUAUCAUAUAUCAGUUAUACUUACACUCUUACACUCCUAACAUGUCUACAAACGAGAUAGAGGUAUUGGAUAGUAAGUUAGACACCAUUCCUGAGGAGGAGGAGCAGGCUACCGACAUGUCCAGCCAGUCAGAGGAAGUAAGUGAAUUGAGCACUCAAGAAGUAAUGAACAUUAUCGCAGCCUUUAAACAGUUGAAGGUGAAGCCGGAAGCCUCCACUGUGCAUGGAACUGUAUCAUGGCUUCGUAGCUAUAUGACUUCCCCAGCUGGUAAUCUUACCCCGAAGCAGGAGGAUUCAGAAAGGGCUGAGGCUCUCAAACCACCACCCAUACAACCUCGAAUCCUGGUGGCACAACCCCCACGACUUCCAGUCUUUUCAGGAGAUGGCAAGGGUGACGUCACGUAUGAUCUUUGGAGAUAUGAGGUAGAGUCUCUCCAGAAGGAAGACUUCACAAAGGAUCAGAUAGCAGCUGCCAUCAGGAGAUCAUUGCGAGGAGAAGCCAGUAGGAUAGCAAUGAGGCUUAGACCAGGAACUCCGGUGAGUGAGCUGUUACUGAAGAUGGAAAGCAUCUAUGGAACAGUCGACAAACCAGAGUCGGUGCUUGCCACUUUUUACAGUGCAAGGCAAGGAAAGGAUGAAGAUGUCACCACUUGGGGAUGCCGCCUUGAGGAUCUACUUUCCAAAGCCUGCCAGAAGCACCCCUUUCCUGUUGAAGAACAGAAUGGCAUGCUGCGGGAAAUGUUUUGGAGUGGCCUGGUAGGACACCUUAAGGAUACGACAGGAUACCUCUACGAGACAAUUAAGGACUUCGACCAACUAAGGGUGGCGGUUCGUCGCGUGGAGAAAGAUAAAGAUAAGAGACGAGAAGAGGGAACUAAGGCUACACCAGCAAAAGCAGCUGUGGAUCAGAAGUCCCAAUUUGAUGAGCUGAAGGGAAUGAUUCACCAGCUUGCAGGGGAAGUUGAGAAGCUGCGGGAUAAUCCUGGGAGACCUAUACCUCCUAGAGGGCAAGGUCAGUAUGGCAACCCUAAGCACCACAGUGAUAGGAAAUCUGCACAGAUUCCGAAUACACAGGAGAACAGGAGAAGGGACAACCCAACAGAUGAACCUGUAUGCUGGCGAUGUAACCAACCAGGGCACCUAAGGAUCGGAUGCAAGGUUAGGCUGGACCAUUCCAAGCAGCCGUUAAACUCCAACAUGCCUACAUCGGGGGGCAGUUGA